GCCAGAGCCUCUCCGCGCAGCCCAGCCCGAGCGCCGCGCGCCGCCGCCACUGCAGCUCGCGGCCCCUUCGCCUCCGCCCGCCUUUCCGCGGCUGAUUUGCCUUAAACUCCCUAAAAUCUCCGCAGCGCUGGUUCCUGCUGCGGCCGAGGCCUUUCAUUAACAGAAGAUGGCAAAGCCCAGCCACAGCAGCUACGUCCUUCAGCAGCUAAACAACCAAAGGGAAUGGGGUUUUCUCUGUGACUGCUGUAUUGCAAUUGAUGACAUUUACUUUCAAGCACACAAAGCAGUUCUAGCUGCCUGUAGCUCCUACUUCAGAAUGUUUUUCAUGAACCAUCAACAUAGUACUGCACAACUAAACCUCAGCAACAUGAAAAUUAGUGCGGAGUGUUUUGAUCUCAUUUUGCAAUUUAUGUAUUUAGGGAAAAUUAUGACAGCUCCCUCCAGUUUUGAGCAGUUUAAAGUGGCAAUGAAUUAUCUACAGCUGUACAAUGUUCCUGACUGCUUAGAAGACAUACAGGAUGCGGAUUGUUCUAGUUCAAAAUGUUCAUCUUCUGCUUCCAGCAAACAGAACAGCAAAAUGAUAUUUGGGGUAAGAAUGUAUGAAGACACUGUGGCUAGAAAUGGCAGUGAAGCCAACAGGUGGUGUGCAGAGCCAAGUUCAACAGUAAAUACACCCCAUAAUAGAGAGCCUGAUGAAGAAUCUAUACAAUUAGGUAACUUUCCUGAACCACUGUUUGAUGUAUGUAAAAAAAGUUCAGUCUCCAAAUUAUCUACUCCAAAAGAACGUGUGUCACGACGCUUUGGACGGAGUUUUACUUGUGAUAGCUGUGGAUUUGGCUUUAGCUGUGAAAAAUUAUUAGAUGAGCAUGUGCUAACCUGUACUAACAGACAUUCAUACCAAAACACCAGAUCUUACCACAGAAUAGUAGAUAUGAGAGAUGGAAAAGACAGUAACAUCAAAGCUGAAUUCAGUGAAAAGGAUUCUUCGAAAACAUUUGCUGGACAGACAGACAAAUACAGAGGAGACACCAGCCAGGCUUCUGGUGAUUCAGCUUCAACUACUGGAAGCAGAAAAAGUAGCACAGUGGAUCCUGAACUAGCCAGUGAAGAGAAGAGCAGAGCUGCUGAAAGGAAAAGAAUCAUUAUCAAGAUGGAGCCAGAAGAUAUUCCUACAGAUGAACUGAAAGACUUUAACAUUAUUAAAGUUACUGAUAAAGACUGUAAUGAAUCCACUGACAAUGAUGAGUUGGAAGAUGAACCUGAAGAGCCAUUUUAUAGAUACUAUGUUGAAGAAGAUGUCAGCAUUAAGAAAAGCAGUAGGAAAACUCUAAAACCUCAGAUGUCAAUAAAUGCUGAUGAAAGAGGUGGUUUAGAAAAUAUGAGACCUCCUAACAACAGCAGUCCCGCACAAGAGGAUACUGAGAAUGCUUCUUGUGAGCUAUGUGGGCUCACAAUAACUGAGGAGGACCUGUCAUCACAUUACUUAGCCAAACACAUUGAAAAUAUCUGUGCAUGUGGUAAAUGUGGACAAAUACUCGUCAAGGGUAGACAGCUUCAAGAACAUGCUCAGAGAUGUGGAGAACCCCAAGAUCUGACAAUGAAUGGGUUAGGAAAUACUGAGGAGAAAAUGGACAUGGAAGAGAAUCCUGAUGAGCAGUCUGAAAUAAGAGAUAUGUUUGUUGAAAUGUUAGAUGAUUUUAGGGACAAUCAUUACCAGAUCAACAGUAUCCCAAAAAAGCAGUUAUUUAAACAUUCUGCCUGUCCUUUUCGAUGUCCUAAUUGUGGCCAGCGAUUUGAAACGGAAAAUCUAGUGGUUGAACAUAUGUCUAGCUGCCUAGAUCAAGAUAUGUUUAAGAGUGCCAUCAUGGAAGAAAAUGAAAGAGAUCACAGACGAAAGCAUUUCUGUAAUCUAUGUGGAAAAGGAUUUUAUCAGCGGUGUCACUUGAGAGAGCACUAUACUGUUCAUACUAAGGAAAAACAGUUUGUUUGUCAGACAUGUGGAAAGCAGUUUUUAAGAGAACGUCAGUUGCGACUGCACAAUGAUAUGCACAAGGGCAUGGCCAGUGGUGAAAUAGGGCCUUCUAAACUUCUGGAGAAGUGAGAGAUCUGAAUUUGGAGAGGACAUGGGGAAGAACCAAUCUUCAACAGAUAAUCUUUAAGUGCAGACCCAGGAUAUCAGAUCUGACGUGGCACCAUCUUUUCUAUCUUCCUGACAAACUUCGUCAACCCCAAAAGUUCCAGUUGCAAAGACCCAAGAAAAUUCAGUAAAGAUUACUUUGGAACUAUUUUGAUGUAACAAAAUUGAUUCAUGGUGACUCUCCUAGGAUUUGUGAAAAAUCUGCUAAAGAAACAUAACUAGAAAAUUUACGCAACAUCAGUGGUUAAAGCUACACUAAAAUGAAACUUUACAUGCUAAUUAUAUUCAGGAGUCCCUUCUUAAAUAAAAGGGCUUGGUAGCCUACUGUAAAUAUAAAGAGAGAUAAUCACAUAUCUGUAUAAACAAAUAUAUAAUUCUAAACUUAACCAGAAUUAUAGCUUACUUAUUAUGAAAUGUAGUUAUACAUUUCAAAAAGAUACACCCCAAAAUGUGUUGUUUAAAGAGUAAGUUAAAAAAAAAAGGUGGGUGCAGAGGAAAAAAAUAGUAAGACUAAUAUUUUAAUAAGGUAAUCGAGUCAUUACUCACUGUAAUGUAAUACUUGCCCAUCUUCCUUUUUCACUGCAUAUGCCAAUCACAUAGUUGAUUAUUUAUAUUAAUGAAGCUCUUUUUAAGUCUCUCGAAGAAAGAACAAAAGUGGUAUUACUUCAGUACUGGUAUAUUUUCACAUCACAGACACAUUAUUUUCUUCUGAAUUUAGCAAUAUAACCUAAUCAGGUAGAAUUAAUUUCUGUUAAAUAUUUAUUCUUGGUACUAAUGUAUCAUGCCAUGUUUCUCAGCUUUUAAAUUGCAAGAUAAAAUUUAAGUAUCAAAUGAAAUGGCUAACAUAGUUUUAAAAAAAACUUUCAUGGAGAAAUUAAUAUUUGGUAAAAUUUUCACUUGGCCAUAAAUGCUCCGUUAUACAUACACAUAUAUUUCUUAACCGUAUGAAUCUUAUAACCAUAUUAUUUCCUUAUUGUGAAUAUACUUGUUAAAUCCUUUCACUUUUGGUUAAAUUUGUACUCAAUUCCUUAUUUUGUUGCUUGUGCAAUAUCAAGAUGUUAUGUGUUUUUCUUUUAAAGAAAAGCUUUAUUUUUAUGUCUAUUCACAUGUUUUAAUAGGGAGUUGCACAAAGAAAUCUAAACAAAAGUAUACUUAAAGUAUACUUAAUAGUAUAUGCGGAAGUUAAGUCAUUUAAAACCCUAGCUAUAAAGCAAGAUGAUAACUGAAUGUUCAUUAUAAUUCAACUAAAUGAAAAUCAGAGAAUGAUUUAAUUACAAUGUGGUCAUGGGUAGGGGAAAGAACAGAGAAUAGUAAUUCACUAAAGAAUUCAAAUAUAUAUGAAUUCAACUAUUCUAAAUAAGUCUAGAGAAGUAUUAGAGUCUACAAAACAGUAAUCUCUUUUCAGAACAUGAGAAAGCAUACAGAACUGCUAACUUCUAAAAAUAAAUAGGAAAAAGGAAAGAUAAAAAAAUUACCAAUAGCUAACAGGGCCAGAUCAAUAUAGUAAUGAUUCAACAAUUUUUGAUGGCUUAAAUUUUGCCUGUACUAACUACAAAUGUAAUGAACUGCAAUAAUUAUAAGUGGUAUAAAUGCAUUCUAUAAUGUGAUUAUUUUCUGUAUAGUAAUAUAAAAUGGAAUGAUUGGAUUACGUUCAGAACUUUUGUUACCUUCUUAAAUUCAUUGCUUUUACCUAAUAAAAUUUCC